ACAAUUUCCAGUUCGUUCCUCUUAUAAGCGCGAUACAAUGACGCCAGCAAUGUGUGUGUUGUGCUGAUUAACCCCUGGUUACCCCGUUCCCGCCACCAAGCACAGAGUAAUUUGAUUACGUGGUUUCAGUUUUUGCGGUUGGUCAGUUCAGUGAUUAUCUAAUUGAAGAGUGUAACAGUGAGAAUUUUUCUAUUAUGAAUUUGCAUUACUCAAUGCUUUGAUUACCCUUUGACCGAUAACAAUUUGUUUCAGUUUUUUGUAUAGCAUAAUGAAAAAUAUGAAUGGAAAAGUUGAAGGAUCAAGGAGUUCUCAUGAAAAUGUUCCAACAACAAGUACAGUUGCCCCCUGCGUUGAUAGUCGUUGUUUACGUUUCGCGUGUUUUAAUCUUUUGGCAGCCCCCAUUGUUUACCCCGAUCUGUUGUUUAGCCCAAGAUCAAGGUGAUGUUGCCUAACCCGAAUUCCAUUGACGUCACCGCAUCUGGCCCAGAGGACCAACUAGCGGGGCUUAUCCUGAUGCCAGGGGUCAGGGGUGAGUUGACAUUCGUUUUUAUUUAUUCACUGUUUUUUUUUGUUUGUUAGCGUGGCCGACAACUGUCAACGGGAAUUAGCGACAAACUGACGACAGCAAAACGGACGCAAAGUGGAAAACGAGAUAAGCGCACUUAAGUGUAACCAACGAGGAUAAUACAUAACGUACGAGUCGUUAUUUCUGACGCGUUAACACGGCUCGGAACCGCUGGAUAUCGAAGUCAGGCGCUGAGCAAUUGGACUCCACGGCAGUCAGUUGCCCAAGAUCGCGCGAGAGGCUUAGACACACGGAGGGAGUAGCCCAGUAACUAGACUUUCAUAUCACCCGUACUAACUGAUAGAGCAAAUAUAGUCGGCCGCCCAUGGGAAAUGAGCGAAAUUGCCACCUGACUGACAUCCCCCUAAAAAGUUGUUAGUUGUUAUUACAGCAUUCCAAAAAAACAUAUCUUUUCAUACGGAAUUCGACUAAAGCGGAAGAGAACACUGACGGGGGAAACCAGAGAUUGUGUAUCGAAUCCAUCGCUUAGCCAGCUAUGUCGGAGGCUGCCACGCCCCCAGGAUCAGUGCCAGGAACAGUAUUCCCACCUGGCUUCGAUCCCACUGCCGAAUCGGUGGAGAAGACUCUCUGCUUCCGGGGUUUCUGGGCCUGGGCCGUGCUGAUAUUCCUGAUUGUUCUGGGCAUAUUGCUCUUCAUGUGGCUGCUGCGCAAGUGCAUCCAAGGACCGGCCUACCGGAAGGCCAAUCGCAUCGAUGGCAAGGUGGUCAUCGUCACCGGCUGCAACACGGGCAUUGGCAAGGAGACGGUCCUCGAGUUGGCCAAGCGGGGUGCCCGCGUCUACAUGGCCUGUCGGGAUCCCGGUCGGUGUGAGGCCGCACGACUGGAUAUCAUGGAUCGCAGUCGCAACCAGCAGCUCUUCAAUCGCACCCUGGAUCUGGGCUCCCUGCAGUCGGUGAGAAAUUUCGUGGAGCGCUUCAAGGCGGAGGAAUCCCGGCUGGAUAUACUGAUCAAUAAUGCCGGCGUUAUGGCCUGUCCCAGGACCCUCACAGCCGAUGGCUUUGAGCAGCAGUUCGGUGUCAAUCAUCUGGGACACUUUUUGCUCACGAAUCUGCUGCUGGAUCGACUGAAGCACAGCUCGCCCAGUCGCAUUGUGGUGGUCAGUUCGGCGGCACAUCUCUUUGGGCGAAUCAACCGCGAGGAUCUGAUGAGCGAGAAGAACUACAGCAAGUUCUUUGGGGCGUACAGUCAGUCCAAGCUGGCCAACAUCCUGUUUACCCUCAAGCUGAGCACCAUCCUUAAGGACACCGGCGUAACGGUGAACUGUUGUCAUCCGGGUGUGGUCCGCACCGAGAUCAACCGCCACUUUUCCGGUCCCGGCUGGAUGAAGACCGCCCUGCAGAAGGGCUCGCUGUACUUCUUUAAGACACCCAAGGCUGGCGCCCAGACCCAGCUGAGAUUGGCGCUGGAUCCGCAGUUGGAGGGCUCCACUGGUGGCUAUUACUCGGACUGCAUGCGCUGGCCAUUGUUUCCGUGGGUCCGGAAUAUGCAGACCGCCGACUGGUUGUGGCGAGAGAGCGAGAAGCUGCUGGGUCUGCCACCGCUGGAGCCACCUCCACCUGUCCAGAGCCCCACCCAGAAUGGCAAUGGCACUCAAAACGGCAAUGGUAGUUCCAGUGCCAGUGCCAGUGCCAGUAGUAACAAUCCCGCUUCACGGGAAAUGCAAUCCGUGGAAACGGUCGUGGUCAAUCGUUCGUAGUUGUGGUCAGAGUCCUUCAUUGGAGUGCAGACCUUGCUCUUAAUUUAAUUCCCUGUAAUAUGGCGUGCUUGAGUACCCUUGGAAAUACCCAGUGCGGAAUGAGGCCGAUUCGGGUCUAAUUUAUAGAGAUAUAUAGUAAUAUAUUUAUGUUUGAUUUUCACAUGAGAUUAUUGAAAGAAUUCGGUUCUUGAUAUUGUAUAAUCCACGUUCUAUAUUAAUUAACUAUGUUUAAAAUUGUUGAUUUCCCAGGGUAUUUGAGUCUUCGGUCAAUCGAAGUUAGCUUUUGCAUACUCUCUUGUUUUUUUUUUUGUCGCUCUCGUUCUGUACAUAAUUUUAAGGAAAAGAAAACCCAUUAAAAUAAAAGUUAAACCUG